ACCUACUUAAUAUAUAAAGAUAAUUAAUUUUUGCCAUAUACUCAAGACUCGAAGUUUAGUCGGCUUCAAAUAUUAAAAAAUCAAAGAGAGGAUUUUUUUGUUUGGUGAUAAUGCAAAACAACAGUGGAGCACUCAUCUUUUCGUAGUGGAAGCUCUGUAUUAAAUACUGAAAUAAGUAGAAGCAGCUUAUCGAUAUCUUCUUAGCUAUACGUCCGUUUGGAAGUAAGUAAAACUCCUGCUAUUCAUUCACAGUUUGGUAUAAUCACGAACCAUGUCGGAUUCGUCUUUUGCUGACUCGAAUUCAGAUUCUGGACGGUCAGAGUCUGAUAUUACUUCAGCCAGCUCCAAUAUCAGCGCAACAUCUUCACCGAGUGGCUUCAGUUCAAGCUCAAGUUCCUCUUCCCAUUCUUCGAGAGACAGUUCCUCACAACCCGGGCAGGAUUACGCCUUUAGUGGGACUAUGGACGAAUCGCACGAUUUAGAAGAUGAUUCGCACAACCAGACUUCUAAUAAUACACGUAAUUCGAAUGAACAAAUUGCUCAGAUGCUGGAGGACAUUGAUUCCAUCUCUCGUUAUUGCGAAGAACUUGUCUCCCAAGUCGAGUUACCAACUACCUCUACACCGACAGUAAUUCAAGGCAGGCGUCGUAGACUUGACGUGACACCAGUGGAAGUAAUAGACUUGUCCAAUUUCGAGUUUGUACCGCCUGCUCGACCGCCCACCAAUCGAGCUCCAGACGCUGUGAUCGAUUUGUGCACCCCAGAUAGAUCUAAUUCAGCACAUCGUCGCAUCACUUUGCAACAAUCAACAUCCACUGCUGUCGUUGUAGACCUCGAUGAUCCGUCGCCACCAAAGCGCUCAUGUCUCAAACUUGACCAGUCCGAAAGCGAGGAAUCGUACAGGUGCCCGGUGUGUCUGGAAAACGUCCGCCGCCGUGAACCAGUGUCGACCAAUUGCGGGCACGUUUUCUGCAAGGACUGUCUGAUUGCCGCCAUAAAUAGUGUACACAAAUGCCCGCUGUGCAACAAAAAGAUAACACGACGUCAAUUUAACCGCAUUUACCUGUAAGGUGUGUGCUCUGUGAGCCACAUCGAGUUAUUAUUAAAAAAAAAAAUUAAUUUAAUUAGGCCUUAGUUUAUAUUAAAGACGGUAAAGAUGUUCCGUGCUUGUGAUUCUUACGUGAUUUUUAAGUUUUCCGUUUAACCAGAUAUAAAGAAUAUGUAAAGAAUUAUUUUUGUAACAAAAAGAAAUUCAAUAUAAUUUCCAAAACAAAUCACCGAAGCAGAUAAAGAUUAUAUACUCAUUAAUAACAGGGUUCAUUUCGCUUUAUUUUUUGUAUUAUUAUAUUUUGAUAAGCAAAUUUUCCUGUACAUAAAAAAUGUAAGAGAAAACUUUGCAUGCCCGUCAAAUUUUUCUGUCUCGGAAACUUUAGUGUGUAACAUAUUCUCUACAAAUAAUGAUUUUGGAAAAUAUAAUAAAGACCGUA